AUGAAAUGGUGGGAACAGAAUUAUGCAACCAACUCUAAACACUUGCGAAAGAAAAUUUACAAAACAUCAUCACCACCAUACAAAUUAUCUAUUGACGGAACUGAAAUUAGUGACCCCAAUGAAGUUGCCAACGUGAUCAAGGACAAAUAUCAACAAAACCUCAACCUUAGAGGAAGGAAUCAUCAGAUUGACAUUAUCAAGUUUUUCAAAUACAAACAUCCAUUAAUUGAUAAUUGCAAUGACAAAAUACUCGGUAGAAUUACCACGGAAGAGAAAGAAUGGAUAAUUCAGAAUUUGAAAUCCACAGCACCCAACGAACUAGGUUUAAGACAAAAAACUAUCAAAUACAAGUAA